GUUGAGAUAACAAUUAGUUUCUUCGAGGGUUCUAUUUCCAUAGAUAUACCAUAUUGUUUAGAAGACCAUCAAUUAGAGGCAAAACAUCUUCUUGAUCUGAUUCGAAUAAUUACCAUGCCUCUUAUUCCUAAAAAAGAAAAACAAGAACUGGGUCUUCCUCGCUACCUUCGUCGCGGCCGCCCUUUUCUAAAACUGAUCCCCUCAGCAACAAAUCUUCGGUUUAGGGGGAUAAAGUUCGAACUGAGGAACAAUGCAAAAACGCUAUUGGAUAUAAGACACAAAAGAAAUCUUCUUGAGAUUCCACCAAUGAUCUUUGAUGAAUUUCUCAUCUUGUUCUUCUUUAAUUGUGUUGCCUUUGAAGAUUUUUAUGCUUAUUGUACCAAGCACAUAACAAGCUACGUUUUUUUCAUGGGAUGUCUUCUCGAAAACGAGGACGAUGCGAGAUUGCUUUGCCGCAAAGGAAUUAUAACAAACUGUAUCGGAUCAGUGAAUGAGAUCUCUCAAUUCUAUAAGGUCAUCGGUACAGAUAGCCACUUUUAUCUCAACGCGAGUUACUUAGCUGAUGUUUUCGAAGGAGUUAAUGAAUAUAGUUCACGAGGAUGGCAUGCAUAUUGGUCGGUAUUCAAGAAUACCCAGCUUACUUACGAUACUCCUCGCACAUGUCUUUCAUGUUGCACUGGUUUGACGAUUCUCCUUCUCACGACAUUACAAGCCGUCUUUGCAGUGUAUGCCUAUUAUCGUCCUCCGAAGUGACUGGUGAGGUCUAUACAGAGUAGAGAUCCAAUAAAUUCAUUCUUG